AUGAAGACCAUCGAUCUGUUGAUUGGCGCCUUGGCCCUGGCCUCGGCUUCUGUCGAAUUGUCCAAAGUUAAACACAUCGAGGAAUUGGACGAGUUUUGGGCACAGCUGCAUGCGCAUUUACGAAUUCUUCGUGGAACGAAGAUGGCUCCGGAUAACAGAAUAGUGAACGGCGAGGAGGCCCAACCGGGACAGUUUCCAUAUCAGGUGGUGAUAAUGAGUUACUUCCAGGAUGGCACUGGUGGAUGGUGUGGUGCUACGCUAGUGUCUCAAAACUACGUAAUGACAGCUGCCCAUUGCGUUUUUAGAGGAUCUGCACCUACACAUGGAACCGUCACUCUUGGAGUUCACAAUCGACAGGUCGAAGAAGAAACUCAACAAAGAAUCAAUUACGAUACUGUCAACGUUCAUCCAAACUAUUCAUCAACGAAUUUGCGUAACGAUAUCGCCACCAUCAAAAUGGCAACUCCGGCAGUGUUCAAUGAUUUUGUUCAGCCAAUCGAUCUUCCGGCAGUUUCGGAUGAUCGCACAUUCGCAGGAUGGACGGGAGUCAUCUCAGGAUUCGGACGUAUCUCCGAUGAAACCGGUUCGCCUGCUUCCGACGUGGUCAUGUACACUAGCAACCCGAUUAUCACUAAUGCCGAUUGUCAGUCGGCGUGGAACACCAAUUUGAUUCAAGCGCAGAACAUCUGUUUGUCCGGAGAGGGCGGCCGGUCGGUUUGUAAUGGUGAUUCCGGUGGCCCUCUUGCGGUUCGAGAAAACAACCGUAGUCUACAGGUUGGCAUUGCGUCGUUCGUCCACUCAAGUGGUUGUGCCUCAGGAUUUCCCGCCGGAUUUGUUCGCGUGUCGCACUUUCUGACUUGGAUAGGCCAAAACUCAGAUGUUGUGCUGCGAGACUAG